GACUCUUCGCUUGAAAGAAGUUGCCAAAGGUCAGUGCGCUCACAUUCUCCAAGUAAUUAAAAUAAAUCCUGCAUAGACUGUUGAAACAGAAACAAUAUUCAAACCGGAAGCAGCAGCGACAAGGCGAAGCAACGACAAUGGCUAGCUUUUCGUCUCUCCUGGCCUUGUUGUUCAUGGUGGCCUCCGUCGUCACAUAUCCAGUCACGGUCACUGCGGCCACAAUCGGCGACCACCGGCUGCUGUGGGUGCCGAUGGGAGGCGGGUGUGAAGGCUCCAUAGAAGAGUGCAUGGGAGCGGGAGGGACGCUGGAGAUGGAGAUGAGCCGGCGCAUCUUAGCGACGUCUCAGUAUAUAAGCUACAGGGCGCUUCAGCGGAACACGGUGCCGUGCUCUCAGAGAGGCGCGUCCUACUACAACUGCCAACCAGGUGCGGAAGCUAACCCUUACAGCCGAGGAUGUGCCGCCAUCACUCGCUGCCGCACUAAUUAGUAUUACUAAUCAGUCACCUUUCUCUCUAUUAUUCUUACAGCUUUCACUAUAACUAAGGCCUGUGAUGCUUCCUGGUGUUUCUCUUUCAUUCUUCCUUCUUUUGCAUGUAAAGGAUGAUUAUCGUACUGGUGAACUUGUGCUUUCUGAUUUGCUCGUAUAAUUAUAAGUUGGAACAGUGAGUUUACGGUUUGUA